UCCAAAGUGAAAGUGAAAUUAAAAGCAUGGUGCUGCUGGCAGCCUCGGGCAGGGCCUGGUUCUAGCUAGGUUUUCCGAGCAUUUUGGCCUGCAGGAGACCCCUCCUUAGGGGCAGUAUGAUUCUGGGGCUAAUCCUGUGCUGCUGCAUGUCGGCUGUGCUGGCAGGGACAGUGGAAGGCACCACACCAGUGCCUGAGAUCUGCAGGGUGGAUGUUGUCCUUAGCUGCUCCUACGAGGGGGAAGGAGGAUUGCCAAGAGCCUUUGGUGGCUCUCAGCAUCCCGCUACCCUGGUGCUGAGGGGACUCAGCGUCACAAAUGAUGGCACCCUGGGAGAUGUAACCAACUAUGAGAUCCCACAGAAAGACCACAGCUCCUCUGCUCCCAUCAUCUUUGAAGCCUCAGCACAGCUAGUGUCCAUCCCAUACGCAGACGCCCUGCUGCAUGUGGAUUGCAGUGGGGAGGAAGUGAGCUGUGAGCUUUCGCCAUAUAGUUUUCAGCAAGAGGGCAAUGGUCUCUGCUCUACCUCAUGGUUCCUAGCCGCCAUUCGGCUCUCCAGCGGGAUCAGCAUUGCCCUGCUGCUCAGAGGACCCAGCUGCACCAGCCAGAAGGAUGAACACGAUGUGAGACUGCACCCAAAGCUGAAGAUUCCAAUGAGCAAGGAGGGGACUCUGCUGACUACAGUGGAAUUUCAAUCAUCAUCAAACAACACUUCCCUGCGGACACGUCUUGGCAGCUCCAUCACCCUUGACUGCCGCUUUGCCUUGGCUCCCAGCUUCCUACUGUCCUCCCUGGAGUGGAGGAGGCAGCACCGAGGCAGUGGUCGCAGCCUCUUCCAAUACCAUGUGGGGAAUGAAGACACAACAGUGCAGCCAAAAUUCCAUGUAGAUGUGGAGCAGCUGCUGGGUAAUGGGGAUGCAUCGCUUACCUUGCAGGAAGCAACCGUGGAUGAUGAGGGGAUGUACAUCUGCUUGGUGUCCACAGCACAGCACCAAAUCCAACACAAUAUACAGCUGCUGGUGGCUGAGCCCCCAAGAGUUCGUAUGUUUCCAACAGAGGUGUCAUUCGAGAGAGAUGAGACCAUUACUCUGACGUGCAACAUUGCUGGCUAUUACCCCCUGGACAUCUCAGUGAGCUGGACACAGAAGAGUCCUGAGGAUGAGGUAGAAAUCAGUCUCUCAAACACACGCUUCUCCAGUCACCGGCAAAGCCGAGAUGGCACCUACAGCAUCGCCUCCUACCUCAGCAUCAGUUCAGCCACAGUGCAGGCUCCAGCCACCUACACCUGCCAUGUUUCACAUGUGGCUCUGGAGGCGCCCAUCUCCAUCAGCACCCAUCUGAAGGCACCAGAACACACAGAAUCGGAAGGACUGGUAGGAGGGGCCAUUGCCACUGCCAUUUUCAUUACUGUCCUCUUCAUUGUGCUCAGAAGGAAAAGAGCAGCUGAACCAAAGCCAGAGCAACUUCUAACAGCUUCAGAGUAGAAGAACUCUCAUAUCAGCCACCUGCCCUCCACUGUCUCUCUUCUCUUAGAAUCAUAGAAUCAUACAAUACCCUGAGUUGGAAGGGACCCAUAAGGAUCAUUGAGUGCAGUUUCUGGCUCCACACCAGGAACAUACAAAAACCAAACCAUAUGACAGAGCACUGUCGAGACGCCUCUUGAAUUCUGGAAGCUUGGGGCUGUGCCCUGGGGAGCCUGUGCCAUGUCCUUCUCAGUAGAGUCAGUCUUGUCCAAGUACUGACAGAGAUAAUGGUACAGAAGGGGAAGGGCUUACCCAGCUGGAGGAGCUGAGUGACCAUUCAAGAAUGGAGUAUGAGAAGAGAAACAGUAAAGUGUGUUUUCACCUCAGAACAACAUUGACAGCCUCAGCUCUGCUGGGAUGCUGCAUAUAGAUGAGUGUUUAUAUUACUGUACGUGUGUGAGUCUGUAUAGAUAGGUGUACAUGUAGAUGUAAAUAGUUAUACAAUGAAUUAACAUACGUUGUAUAUAGGUACAUAGCUGUAGAUGUAUAUAUGUAUACUUUCUUAAUGUUUUAAGGUUUGAAGGAAUAUAUUUAUGUACGUGUGUGUAGGUGUUUUAACCGUAGAGCUAGGCAAAUGUGUAGGCAAAAUUGUUA